GAAAAUUGGAAAAAUUAAUGUAUUUUUAAAAGGAAGCAAACGACAUAUUGGUUUACAUUAACUUUUUUAUUAUGAAAAAAGUUAGGAAUGCUUUACAAGUGACAAACUUACCUUCUACAUCUAUGAAAAUUGCAAAACAAGACAAUUAACAAAAAAAGUUCUCAAAAGAAAGAAAAACUUAGAACUUUUGUUAAAAUCACAGAAUAAAGACAAAAAAACUGCCAACAAUGUGACAUAGACAGCAGUGUGCCCUGUGACAUAUCUGGCCAUUGCAUGUCAGCUGUCAUCUCAUAUAGACUGGGGCCACGCAGAUAAACAUCAGAAUAAUACUGUCACUAGGGCUACAGCCGCAUUCAGACAGGUUUAAAAGUUGGACCAGCUCCCAGAUGAAAUGUGUUAAAGCAUGACCAAAUUAGCUAUCAAAUUCAGAUGACUGAGACUCGUAAGUGUCCCAAAAAUCUUACCUCUAUUACAGAAGUGCACCAGUGGUGUCAGCCAGUGAACUGAUUUUGCCUUGCCAAAUAAUUUGGUUGUCAAUUUUGGUAAAACAUCUUGUACAUGAAACAGAUUUCAAUAAAAAACCAGUCUGAACUGAGUCUUAGCUAGCCUACACCUUACCUGUUUAUACAUAUGUGCCACAUUCAGAGAACCAGUGAGCGGGUUAGGUAAGGAAGUACAACACCACGGUCUUCCAUAUUGUCACAUUCCAUGCUACAGUGCUUUAUUUGGUCCAGAAACAUUUGGUCACGGUACCUCUGUCGAAUCACAUAGAAACUUUGGCAAGAAGGAAGGAAGAAUGGGUGAUCAAGAAACACAAAGACUGCUGGCGAAGUUAGCAGAAUACAACAGACACCAUGAGGGAAAGAAACGGCACCUCAACAGCAAAAUGGUGAAUGACCGUCUUGUUAUUGAGGGUCUAUUACAAGUGUACUGGGGUGUGAAAAAACCAAUCCAGUUUAAGAAGGGAGAGGCUGUCAUGGUGAGGAAGAAGAACCACCUUGCUGAUAUAAUCAAUGGAUUUGCAGAGGCAGGUCGAAGUACGGAGGUCGAUUCCAGAACACUCCCUGCAGGUGGCAUCUCUAGUCAAGAAACCCCUGCUUCCCGACCCAUUCAAAGAGAACGCCGAGGUAGUUUAGAUGAUAUAGACACUGGCGCAUUAGCAGCUGCUGAAACAGUGGUAAAAAGAGGGAGGAAGAACAAAAGAGAGAUCAAAAAGUAUAAUACCAUAGCCUAUAGGGGUGAAACAGCCACCAAGAAAUUAAAGAAACGAUACACAAUUAAUGGACAUUUUUAUAACCCAAAGACCAGUGUGUUCACCCCUACUCAUGGCACAGUGACAGCAGUGAGGGUGUCCAGUCUUUUACCAGUUCACGAUGUCAUCAAGUUGCUGUUAGAAAAAUUCAAGGUGGAAAACAGCCCAGAAGAAUUUGCUCUCUACAUUGUGAAGGACAAUGGCGAGACGAGAAAACUGGAGGAGGCUGACAGUCCUCUGAUAACCAGGGUAGAGCUGGGUCCUGAUGAGGAUCACAUUAAACUAUUCAUCAUGGAAGAUUCAUCACAGGUUAUCACACAUGAGGUGGCUCAGUAUUUAAACCUCCCAGAAACUGUGCUACUGGGGAUUUACAAGAAAUUCCAGGAAGAAGAAGAAAAAGAAGUGCAGCGCAUCAAAAACUGGUACGUUAACUACAGGGAAGCUUUAAAACGUAGCAUGAUUGACUACCAGACAUAUCUUUGAGUGAGAAAGCUGAAAUCCUAACUCCAUUUAUGUACGAAGACCUGCAGUUUCACUGCACUUAGAGAAGACUUUCAUAACAUGAUCUCAUAACUAGAUUCAGGCAUUAUCCAUAGUGCGGGCACAAGUGUUCAGGACUUAAAAUCACACCGAGGUUACCCAGUUUGGUGAAAUAUGUAAUACAUUAACCAUUCCAACAUUUAUGUGAUGCACAUAUUUACUAUUAUACAAUUUUUAAUUAUGAAACUUUUGAUACUUUGCAAAGUUUCAUUUAAAUUUACAUGAUCCUAAAGCAGUUACCACUGUUUGAGAGUCAUUGGAACAAAUUAUUGAUUUUUUUAAAGACUCAUUCUGCAUCAUUAGAAUAAAUCAAGAUAUCUUUGAGUGAUAAUUAAUAUUCUGAAGGAGAUGUUUUACCCAAAUGCUGCUGUAACCCUUUUUUUUUUUUUGUAAUAUGUCUAGUAAUAGCUGUUGUGUUAAAGUUACUGUUCAUAGGUGCUCAUAGAGUUACCAGUUAGUGAUAUUAUGUCUGUAUAUGUAUGCACUGUUGUUUUACAUGCAAUGUUGACAUGCCUCACUUAUUUAUCAAGGGCAAAUUUUUUUGCAAGUGAUCAUAUAUUAAAAAAGAAAUGUUUUUGUUUUGUUUGCUAAAAGCAUAGGAAUUGCAUCUGUGUAAGCUGUCCUCUUUAAAUCAUGAAAACAAAUCACAUGCCCAGUAUUUCCUAUUAUAUAUUCCUAAAGUUAACCUAUCAACUGAAACAUACACAACCUACAUUUUCCUAUACAUGUAGGAUUGAGCUCUAAUAAACAAUAUAUAUAUUUAUUUAUUGCACUUGAAAUCCACACAUUUUUUGGCAGCACACUUACCAGUGCCCACAAUUUUUUAAAUAAAUAUUCAUACAAUAUAUACACCAUAUAUUAGACUAUUUAUGUACACUAUUGUACACUACUCAGGAAUGGUAAGUUAACAUACAUUGCUGGUUAUGAAAAGAUAAUUUAUUAUGGUUAUUCUAUAUAUAACUUUUAACAGUCGAUACAGUGUGAGUGUAUGUAUAUGCAGUACCAAUACACUUCUAUAACAUGUGGUGUGACUGCUUAAGCACAAACAAAGACAUACCUAGAUUGGCUUAAAAUGGGUUCUUCGCCAUCUUCACACUUUUGGGUUGGAAAAUGUGGAUCUGCUGGGUUCUCUUUUAAGCAUGAUUUACCUAGAAUUGUCAAUAUUUUAAUAUAUUUGUUUCUGUUUAUUAGUAUGGUGUUUUGUAAUUUGUUUUGCCUUACAUAGUAGUUAAGUUUGCUAUAAGUAAUUUUGUUUUUCAUAAAAUUUCCAAUUGAAUUGGUUGUUCAGUGCAUUAAUGAUUGUGUUAUUGUAGUAGUUGUUCCAACAUAUAGGGGUUCAACAGUAUUAAUCUGGGUUAUAAGCUGAGCUGUUUUAAAAUAUCAGAUAUUAUCCUGUACAUAAGUUUUUGUAUUAAUAUGUUUUUUAAAGUUUCUCCCAUUUCAAAAUUCUUUUCCUAAUUAUUUCUUAUUAUCUGUUUAACAUGGUCACAGUUAUUAAAAUUCCAUACUUGGGCAGAAAGGAAAUCCAAACUAGAGGAUCAGGGAGGCGAUGCCGCCUACAAAUAUUGUACCACCAGAUGUAGUAAGCACAUUUGUAUGUUAAACAAACCUAGACAGCAAAGCUGACAAAUAUACAGACACCAUACAGGAAACAAGGCAGCAAAUCUGACAAAUGUUUGGACAUUCAGACCCAGAAAAGAGUGCACCAAAUUGGCCAAUUUUAAUGCACUUUUACAUAAUGCUUUAAAACAGCAUAAUCACUCUUACCCUCUUACAUUAAGUACUACAGGUAACAUGGGCAUUGAAAAACUAGCAAGUGAUUCAGUUUCAGGAGCUUUAAAGCCACUGGAAAUGCUUAUGUGUGAAUAAAUAUUUAAAAAACUGUA